ACAUAAACAACACAAAAUGAAUUUUGAAACGAUACAUUUUGAAAAAAUAUGCAGAACUUGCCUUUCAGAGAAUACAGAUAUGAGAUCUGUAUUCAGCACAGACGACUCAAAUGGAGAUUGUAAGAGUUUGUAUGAAAUGCUGACAUCCUGUACCACUGUACAAGUAUUUGAAAACGAUGGGUUACCUCAUCGAGUUUGUCUACAAUGUGUUAAUGAACUCAACAGAGCUUUUUGUUUUAAACAAAUGUGUGAGAAAUCUGAUAACACAUUAAGGGAAUUGUUCCUAAGACCCAUACAAGCGUCUUUUUUGCAACUGAAACCGAUAUUAAUGGGCGCUGAAAUGUCACAAUCUGACGUACAAUUACACGUAGACACCCUGACUGUUGACUUUGCCAAUGCUAACACUCAAGAACCAGAUAGUUCAAACCUCGAGCUGGUGCAAAUAGAUGGGACACAUCAUAUUGAGGAUGAAAAUGUUCCUCUACAAGUGCACAACACCUACGAGUUUAUUGACAGCUUCAGUGCAAUAGUUGAUCAGGAUCAACCAUUAGUGAAGGCUGAAGUUCUCCAAUUGGAUCAAGAUGUGGGUGUCAAGUUGUUUGAUAAAAUUGAAGUUAUUGAUAAUAUUUUGGAGUACAAGGAUGAAAAUUAUUUCAGUGAAUAUGUUGAAAAUGACACUGUUUUAGCUGAUAAUGUUACUCAAAUACCGGAAGAUGAUUUAUCAGUUGCUAACGCCGAGAUCAAAGUGUGCAGCUUUGCCAAAGAAACUGAAGCAGAAGAGUCCCUUCUUCAACCUAGUUUACUUUGUGAGGAGUGUGCUGAGUGUUUCCCUAGUGAAUCUGAUUUGAAGGCCCACACAAAAACUCACAGACAGAUUCAAAUCAAGAGGCACAUUUGUAAAGAGUGUCAGAUGAGUUUUUCAAGUACCAGUACACUUUGCAGGCAUGUCAGAUCACACCAUACAGGGACAAAAAGGCACCAUUGCCCACAAUGCAGCAAAUCUUUCGCCAGAUCCGACGAUUUGACAAGGCACAUAAGGACGCACACAGGGGAAAAACCGUUUGCCUGCCAACUAUGUUCGAAGUCAUUCGCUCAGUCUUUCCGACUACUGGAGCACGUGCGGGCCCACAAGGGCGAGAAAUCCUUUGUGUGUCCCACUUGCGGCAAGGCGUUCUGCAGAUACACCAGUUUUAAGGCCCACACAAAAAUCCACUCAGGCAUUAAAACUCAUACUUGUGGUGUGUGCGGAAAAAAAUUGUGUGGUUCAGGUUCGCUGGCGAUACACAUGAAAACCCACACUGGCCAGAGGGACCACGUCUGUCCGUACUGUCAAAGAGGCUUUACGACCCCCAGCAACUUAAAUAUACACAUAAGGACGCACACGGGAGAAAAGCCCUACGUGUGUGACACAUGUGGAAAAGGAUUUCCUGACCCAUCGAGAUUAACAGUGCACAGUCGAAGCCACACUGGGGAAAAGCCCUACGUUUGCCUCACCUGUGGCAGAGGUUGUGUGAGCUCGUCACAACUGAAAAAACACCUGAGGAUACACACGGGGGAAAAACCAUAUUUGUGCAAGCUCUGUACAAAAUCAUUCCCCAGAAGUGAAGAUUUGAAGAUACACAUUAAAACGCAUUCAGGUGACAGAAGUCAUAUUUGUGAGGUGUGCAAUAAAGGGUUUUAUCAAGCCUCGACUUUGAAAGUACACAUGCGAAUACACACUGGAGAAAAGCCCUAUGAGUGUAAAUAUUGUAAAUGUGGUAAGGGCUUUUCAAGGUCUGAUGAUCUAACAAGACACAUAAGAACACACACAGGAGAAAGGCCAUUUUCCUGUAAAUUAUGUUCAAAGUCGUUUGCCCAAUCGUUUCGACUCUUGGAGCACAUCCGGGCGCACAAGGGGGAGAAAUCAUUCGUCUGUCCAACUUGCGGAAAGGCGUUUUGUCGAUACACCAGUUUUAGGGUGCACAUGAAGAUUCACACUGGCGUUAAGACACACACCUGUAAUUUAUGUGGAAAAAAACUAUGUGGUUCGGGUUCCUUGGCAAUACACAUGAAAACUCACACUGGACUGAAAGACCACAUCUGUCCAUAUUGUGGAAAAGGCUUCACAACCCCCAGCAAUUUAAAUAUACACAAAAGAACACACACAGGAGAAAGACCGUAUGUGUGUAACACAUGUGGAAAAGGUUUUCCAGACCCGUCCAGGUUAACAGUCCACAGUAGAUGUCACACUGGAGAAAAACCCUACGUUUGUAAAGUAUGCAACAGAGGUUGUGUAAGUUCGUCACAAUUAAAGAAGCACAUGAGAAUACACACAGGAGAGAAGCCUUAUUCAUGCACACUUUGUCCAAAAACGUUUCCUAGGAGUGAAGAUUUGAAAAUUCACAUUAAAACACAUUUGGGUGAUAGGAGUCAUAUUUGUGGGUUCUGCAAUAAAGGAUUUUAUCAGACUUCGACUUUGAAAGUACAUAUGAGAAUACAUACUGGAGAGAAACCAUAUGAAUGUAAAUAUUGUCAUGAAGCAUUCUCACAAACAGGUCCAUUAUCAAAUCAUAUAAAGAAGUAUCACAAUAAAGUUGCUAAAGUAACUACCACAUCAACCAAUGCAUAACACAAAGAAUUGAAACAAAAACAGAUUUUUAGAGAUGAAUGAUCAUUCAAAAUCCUGUUAUUAAGUAUGGAUUUUAGUACUAUGUAAUAUGAUGAGUUUGUGAAGUACUUUUAAAUGAGUAGAUGGUAUUUAUUAUUUGUAAUUUUAAAUGACUGACUAAAGAAUAUGUAUUAAUUUUACACAAAUUAUGUUGAUCAAAAUUUGUAUAAAUAUAUUACGAAUAUAAUUUGAUAUAUACACUAA